UCACAGGACUCGCUCUAUUUAAAGCGGCAACAACAUGUCACACGGACUCGUCAGACGGGAGUCGGUGGAAACGGAGAUGCACAAGUCCGAGGACAAGAGGAAAAACUUCGUUCAUACCAAGAAGAGGGGCUACGAUGUUACACGAAACCCCCACCUGAACAAGGGCAUGGCUUUCUCCCUGGAGGAGCGUCUCCAGGUGGGGAUCCACGGCCUGCUGCCUCCCUGCUUCAUCAGCCAGGACGUGCAGCUGCUCCGAGUGCUCAAGAACUAUGACAUGAAGAGAGAUGACCUGGACAGAUAUGUGUUCCUAAUGGGGCUCCAGGACCGCAACGAGAAGCUCUUCUAUCGGGUGCUGUUGUCAGACAUUGAAAGGUUCAUGCCCAUCAUUUACACCCCCACUGUGGGCCUGGCCUGCCAGCAGUAUAGCCUCAUAUUCAGAAGGCCUAGGGGGCUGUUCAUCACUAUUCAUGAUCGUGGCCACAUUGCUUUGAUACUCCAGAACUGGCCAGAAAAGGACAUCAGGGCUGUGUGUGUGACGGAUGGAGAGAGGAUCCUUGGGCUGGGGGACCUCGGCUGCAAUGGCAUGGGAAUCCCCGUUGGCAAGCUGGCCCUAUACACAGCCUGUGGAGGUAUGCCACCACAGCAGUGCCUACCUGUUACGCUGGACGUAGGCACAGACAAUGAGGCUCUGCUGAAGGACCCUCUCUACAUUGGCCUGAGACACAAGAGAGUGCGAGGCCAGGCCUACGAUGACCUGCUGGAUGAAUUUAUGAAGGCAGUAUCAGACAGGUAUGGAAUGGACUGUCUGAUUCAGUUUGAAGACUUUGCCAAUGUUAACGCCUUCCGUCUGCUGAGCAAGUACCGCAACAAGUACUGCACAUUCAACGACGACAUCCAAGGUACUGCUGCAGUAGCAGUAGCAGGACUACUGGCCGCCCUUCGCAUCACCAAAAGCAAAAUGAGUGACCACACCAUUGUGUUCCAAGGGGCAGGGGAGGCAGCAAUGGGGAUUGCUGAGCUGAUCACCAUGGCCAUGGUGAAGGAGGGGUUCUCCCAGGAAGAGAGCAUAAGAAAAAUCUGGAUGGUUGAUUCCAAGGGGCUCAUUGUCAAGGGUCGGGAUCACCUGACUCAUGAGAAAGAAAGGUUUGCCCAUGAGCACCCACAGAUGAAGAAACUGGAGGAUGUGGUGCGGGAACUGAAACCUACAGCUAUCAUAGGUGUGGCAGCUGUUGCAGGAGCCUUCUCUGAGCAGAUCAUCAGAGACAUGGCCUCCUUCAAUGAACGCCCCAUCAUCUUUGCCCUCAGCAACCCGACCAGCAAAGCCGAAUGUACUGCUGAGCAGUGCUACACACUCACAGAGGGGCGUGCCAUUUUUGCCAGUGGCAGUCCAUUUGACCCUGUGACCCUGCCUGAUGGGAGGACCUACUACCCUGGUCAGGGAAACAAUGCCUACAUCUUCCCCGGUGUGGGCUUGGGCGUCACUGCCUGCUCAUUACGACAUAUUACUGAGGAAAUCUUCCUCACUGCAGCAGAGGCUCUGGCCCACCUGGUGACUGAGGAGGACCUGGCAGAGGGAAGACUGUAUCCUCCUCUCAGCUCCAUCAAGGAUGUCUCUUUCAAACUGGCAGUCAAGAUCAUGGAGUUCGCCUAUGAGCACAACAUGGCCACACUUCACCCUGAACCGUCCGACAAAGAAGCAUAUAUACGCUCACUGUCCUACAGCACUGGCUAUGAUGACUUUGUUGUUGACUCGUACUGCUGGCCCGAGGACAGUAUGACUGUGCGGUCAUGCAAACUUUAAUGCACUGGACAUAUAGAGCGAACCCUGGGAAAGGCACCUCGACUACUGAUAUGCAACAUUAUCACAAGAUGUGAUGCUGGGAUAUGAAAGAAGCUAUGUGUAGAAUUUUCUUAUUGACAUUAUGUUUCUGUGAAAUAACUGGUGGCAGCACUUAAGUGGAGUUAUUUCUCACUCUAGUAUUGAAGUGCACUGAAAUAAAAAAAAAUAUUCAAAGUUGGUAAAAAUUGGGAGACAAAGCAGUUAUGAAGUAUUGUACCAAAGUUCACAAUAACAGUAUCUGAGGAAAGGCUUUCACGGGUUACUUUUAAUUGUACUGCAAUAUGCAGUUGCUUUAAGACUGUAUCAGCACAAAUCAGAAAAUUGUUUGUCAAAUAAACAUUGUUUGAUAAAUAUUUUCCAUGUCCAAUUAUCACGUCUGUACUGAAAAAAAGGCAAAGAUGCACUGAGCAUUAUAUCUGGAUUGAAAAGAGGCUUUGAAUAAGACCUUGAGUUUUGAAGAGAAUCCCUGUGGAAAGGUUCCUGCCACUGACACACACAUUUCUGUAUUUUUGUCAUGAGUGUAGGACAGAAUCUAAAAUAUGAUGAGCAACUUGAGAACACUGUGGCAAAAGGCUGAAUGAUAUGGUGCUCUGGUGCUCUCUAGAGGCCAUCUUAUGUCAUUGCAGUACAGGCAGCCUAUAUUAUGGCUUUAAAAUCAUUUCUGCGUAUGUUUUUUUUUUUGUUUUUUUUUUAAUGUGACUUGAGUUGAAAACUCUUUCAAGGCUUAAUUGUUAAUACAAACUCAAUUACUGCAAACAAACAAAUGCAUUCACAAGCCAUGUAACCCACAAAAAAGAGGCAUGCAUGUAUGAAAGAGAGCCACAAUAAAAGCAGUGGGUCAAUCAAA